UGGCACAAUUGCUCACAAUUCGAAUGGUGUGGUACAAUAACCUACGUUACAGGGAAGCGCAGCAACUGACAACAACGAGAGGCUGACGCAGGCAUACUUACUUGCGAAGCGCGUCCGAGCUGUGCUGCAUGUGGGCGACGAUUUGGACAUGUGCAUAUGCGGCUGACAGUGGGCUCGAUCUUGAAGAGGAUGACACGACGAACGAACUUGAACGUUAACCAGCAGUGUGGCGUCUACCAUCGACUGCCGCUGCAUGCUCCGAGCCCCUUGUCGAGCUGUCCGUUACUCUCGGUGUCCGGUGAGGCUGACAAGUCCACUCGCUUCUGUCUUGGUCUUCGACAGAGCAUCACGUCUGUGUGUCACCACCCGUCGCGGUCGAUGCCCCGUCUAGCCAUGCGUUCACCGACACCCCGAGGAUCAGACUCGAGCGACGAGGACGAACAAGACAAUUGGCCCACUAGCACGCAGACCAUGGCGACCGCCCGAGCGUUCAUCCAAGAGUGCGCCGCCGCUCGCCUCCCGACCCUCCUCCUCCCCGACAAAGACGCCGACGGCCUCUGCUCUGCCCUCAUCCUCCACCACACCCUCACCGCGCUCGGCCUCCCGCCCGCGCUCAUCCACACCCACUUCGUCGCAAAGGGCGCGAACGUCCACGCACCCGCGGAGCGCGCGCGGCUCAAGGAGCUCGUGCCCAGGCCGCGCUUCGUCCUCGUUGCGGACCAGGGGAGCCGUGCGGGGCCUGCGAUACUCCCCGGCGAGGGCGAGGAAGAAGAGGCGAGGACGUUGAUCGUGGACCACCACCUCGCGGAGGGGUUCCCGCAAGGAGCGACGGUGCUCUCCGCGGCGCGGUGCGACCCCGUCGCGACGUCCUCGACACUAGCGUACCUCCUCUGCGAGCCGCUCGUCCGCGGGGUCGCGUCAAAGGAGGUGAGGGAGCGUAUGGAGUGGCUCUGCGUGCUCGGGACGAUGGGCGACCUCGGUGCCGGCCACAAGUGGGAGAGGCCGUGGCCGGAUAUGAGCGCGUGUGCGCGGAGGUGGACGAAGAAGGCGCUGGGGGAGGCGGUUGCGUUGGUGAAUGCACCACGGAGGACGGCGCAGUAUGACGUCCGGACGGCGUGGGAGGCCUUGCUUGCUUGCGGUCCGGCGCAGAUCGUGUCUGGCGCGUCGGGGAACAUGCAUAUACGGAGGCUGCACGAGGCUCGCGUCGAGAUCCGCACGGAGACGGAGCGGUGCGGGCAUACAGCACCGACCUUCUCUGGGGACGGCCGCGUCGCUCUAGUCCGAAUACAGAGUGAGGCGCAGGUGCACCCCCUGAUCGCGACGCGCUGGGCGUCGACCCUCAAGUCGGCCCGCCUGCAGAUCGUCAUCUGCGGCAACGGCGCGUACCUUCCCGGCGCUGGGAUGACCAACUUUGCGUGCCGCAUUGCGCGCUGCGCCUUACCUUCGCCCGCUGCCAAGGGCACUUCGUCGUCGUCGAAGCGGAAAUCUGUAGGUACUGGGAAUGAGGACAAGUGCGGAGAGCGAGCCGGAGGUGAGAUCAACAUACCGGACAUUCUCCGGGAGUACGCGUCGCGCGUAUCAGGCCUCACUGAGAGCAUGGGCGAGGACUUUGCGCGCGGCCACGCGCAGGCAAGCGGGGGUAUCGUGAAGGAUGAGGACUUUGAGAGGCUGUGGCAGGUGAUGCGGGAUUCGCAAGCAGAUGACUCAGGACCCCCGAGGAAGAGAAAGAAAAUCGAGACAGUGCAGAUGAAUACAUUGGAGGGUUGGAUCAAGAGACGAGAAUGAGUCGGAUGUUCUGCGUGGCCUGUCAACGUGAGCUUCGAGUUACUACCCGUACUUAAACGGGUCAAUCGAGUGGCGAAGCGAUGCAGUGCCCUUGAGAGCCGUCGAACGCGCCCUGACGUGAACUGAGGACGCUUCCGUGAUAGUGUUUCGUUUUGCUGGAUAGGUGUGAGAGCUGAACGUAGAAAAGUAUGAGCAGUGAUCAUUAGUAUCCUCUGGCAAGUAAACCGUCCACAAGGAGAACACUGGAGUAAUUCUUCGAAGUAUUCGCAAACUGUUCUCUG